AUGAGCGAACGCAUUGUGCUCAUUCCUGAACUGGCCGAGCUCAUCGCAAUCGACCUCACGCCUCCUGACCUCGCAGCCUGUGUCCGUGUCGACCGAACCUGGUUCAGUACCUUCAUUCCUCAGCUCUAUCGACACAUCUGUGUCUUCGACUUUGACUUCCACAGCCACGAGAACCAAACCAACCGAAAAUCCCGUUUCGAAAAAUGGCUUCAGUUUUGGUUCCCAAAGAAACUCGGCGGAAGCCAGGUCUACAAGUACGCACACCACAUCAGGACUAUCUCCACCGCCAAUGUCCAUUCCCUCCAGUACCUGGGCGAUACCUGCACCAACCUGACGCAUGCGACCGUCGAGGAGUUCCUCUCAAAGAGGACUGAAUGUCGGGCAUGUCCAUUCUUUGAUAGAGAGAUCCGUUACUGGGAAGACUACUUCCGCAAGACGACCCUUCUUUGGACCGUCGACAUCUGGGAGGCUCUCAUCCAGAGAAACCCUCGUCUGGUCUAUGUCAGUAUGGAUCUAUACCAGAUCAAGGAUGGUCUUCACAGGAUUGCCGAGGCCUUGGGCAACCUCGAUCAUCUACGAGAGACCUUUCUACGCUGGCCCCAAGCAAAAAAUGCUAUCCAGCUCUUCCUUGACCAGUGCCCCUCUAUCCAUACAUUUACCAUUUGCAUUGAGCCGCACACGCGCAUAAUCGCACGAACGACAGCAGAGGACGGACAGCCAACAGGGAUCAAACACCUUCGAUUUCCCAUGCCAUCUUACCCCCACCAUACCGUAAUAGCCUAUAUGAUCAAGCGGUGCCCUGCACUGGAACGACUCUCAUUGCCAUAUCUCUCCAUCCCGCUGUUUUCUGAAGUAGCAGCAGCAAUCGAGGCCUCCCCUUGUCGCACAACGCUCAAGCGAAUCGAUUUCAGCGGGGAUAUGGGGACAUCUACCUUUGUACUGGAACCGUUCGAGAGAUUACUGGCUGCCAGCGAACAGUUAUCUUCAAUCUCCUUCGCCGACAGCCGGGGAGACUUUUUCGCGAGCAAGUUCCUGUGCUACAUAGGGCUCAGAGAUCGACUCACGGAACUUUCAUUCACCUCAAUUGACCUUUACAAGCGCUGCUCACCUACCCUCGUCUUUAGCGCACUAGAGCUUUGUCCGAAUCUGCGCGUCUUUGAGAUGCAGAAAGCCUCUAUCGACGUCGGCCAGUUCCUAGGCUUGACGUGGGCGUGUCGCGGCUCGCUCAAGAAACUGAGGAUCACCCUCAGCUGUACGGAGACGCAAGCACGGCUGUACAAGUCUGAUUUGGAGCUCAGGACUGCAAAGCAAAGUGCCGUUUUCGAUUCCCUAGCAAACCUUCAACAGCUCGAGGCGUUAGUGCUCGACAGGCUUACUUGGGUGGGGUCUUCUCCGGAGCAGUGGAUCCUGAGAUCCUUUCGAAUACACCUUGCAGGAAUUCAACUGUCCAAACUUCCAAAAGUCAUGCGCGCUCCCUCGAACUUCUCCACAAGAAGGAUGAACAUCAAGCGGAUCCAUUCUUUGGCGACGGGAUCUGUUGAUCUAUUACUGGAGAAACCACUAGCGCAGGACGGCUCUCACUCGGACAAUGCACAGUUGGGAGACACUGAUCAAGAGGAACCCGCGUCUACUCGACUUCUACUUGGACCUCUACUAGGCCACUGA